UUCAAACAGUCAAGCUGAAAAGUCGCCAUAUGACAUUUACAAAGUGUCGGCGUGACUUAAACACAACAACAACAACAAGAAAAACAUUAUAUUUAUUUUAAAAAUUCUGCUGUUUUUAUAUUUUCAGAACUAUGUCUGUAAGACGAUUUUCCUUUUUUCAAUAUAUGCUUUGUCCGUUCAUCGUUCAAGCUGUAACCAAAAAUGUCACGUGUCCUGCCUCAUGUGAAUGCGAUAUUUUCUUUGACAUAAAGGAAGUAGAGUGUGCUAACCUCACUGAUGUUCCGUCAAAUAUUCCCGAGGACACCAAUUGGCUAGAUUUAAGCGGGUGUAAUAUAUCCCACAUUCAUAUUCAACCGCUGGAAAAGCUCUUCAAAUUACAAAUCCUCACCUUUCAGGAAAUAAAUACAAUUGACGAGAAUUACAAUCUUACGGCCUUGGACUUGCCAUUUCUAAAUGAAAUAGUCGUCGAAGGCGGCGUUUCUACUUCUAUCCCACAGCUGUUACCACCUUAUAUUGGAACGCUUAAUGUAGGAGAAAACAAUCUAGGCACUCUAAAGUCUGGUAGCUUUAAGAACUACCCAAACUUAGAAACGUUAACUUUGUGGGACUGUAUGUUAACGAAAUUAGAAGCUGGUGUGUUGGAUGAUAUUCCUUCCCUUUCCUCACUUGAGUUUCAUAGCAACAAUCUAAACAAAGACAGUUUUCCUUUGGACGUAUUCAAGAAAAACCAAGCACUUGACUCUGUUUCAUUUUUUGAUAAUGAAUUGAAACACGUAGUGUCCAAUCUUCCAAGUUCUGUUACAAGUGUCGAUUACAGCGACAAUGCCAUUUUUGAGCUUAGAGCUUAUGACUUCAAAUCUACGCCGAAUCUGAUAUGCUUGUAUUUUCUACAAAAUAUGAUUGCACAUUUGGAGGACUUUACCUUUCAAAGCAUGGUCAAUUUACAAAUCCUGGACAUGAGUUACAACAAUUUAUCUGCAGUUACUAAUAAUACGUUUGCCGGGUUAACUUCACGUUUAUGGCUGAAUUUGUCAUAUAAUUGGAUAACAGCCAUUGCCCAAGAUGCAUUCAAAUCAUUGCAAUCAAGCAGGAUUGACCUCAGUUUUAAUAGGUUACAAAGUCUUCAGGUUGAGAUUUUCUCUCAUCUUACAAGCACAGCUAAUGUAAGACUAGCUGGCAACUUGUGGAAUUGUGAUUGUCACCUAAGGUGGUUGAGAGAAGCACUGGACAAUGCCACUUAUACCAUUGAGCUUCCGUACACUCUGAAAUGUGCAACACCAGUCAAGCUCGCAGGAAAGUCUUUCAUUGAUCUUAAACCAAGCGAUUUUGUGUGUAUGUAG